CGAGGAGAGGAGCAGCACAAGUGAGCUAGCUGUUCAUCUAGCUAACGCCACUCCUGCCUGCCUUGCCUCCCUCCCUCAGCACGUCGUGCUGGUAAUCGAUCAGAGGGGGGCGUGACGUACGUACAGCAGCCAUGGGCGUGGGGAAGCUGAUGAACGACGUGAAGCCGUACCUGGCGAUGGUGCUGCUGCAGGUGGGGUUCUCGGGGAUGUACAUCGUCUCCGUCGCCUCCCUCAAGCGCGGCAUGAACCACUUCGUCCUCGUCGUCUACCGCAACCUCGUCGCCACCGUCGUCUUGGCCCCCUUCGCCCUCCUCUUCGAGAGGAGAGUGAGGCCCAAGAUGACGCCGCUCAUCUUUCUCAAGAUCAUGGGGCUUGCCGUUCUUGAGCCGGUGCUGGACCAGAACAUGUACUACCUCGGCGCGAAGCUGACCUCGGCGACCUUCGCCUCGGCGCUCGUCAACAUCCUCCCCGCCAUCACGUUCCUGAUGGCGCUGGUCCUGAGGAUGGAGAGGCUGAGGCUGCGGAGCCUCCGCAGCCAGGCCAAGGUCGCCGGCACGGUCUGCACCGUCGUGGGCGCCGUGCUGAUGAUCCUGUACCACGGCCCCGUGGUGCCGUUCCCGUGGUCCGCGGGCCACCACCAGGCCUCAGCCGCCGCCGCCGCCGCGGCAGCGGAGAGCCAGAGCAGCGCAUCCUGGCUCAACGGCAUCGUCAUGAUCAUCGGCAGCUGCCUGUGCUGGUCCGGCUUCUUCGUCCUCCAGUCGAACACGCUGCAGAGCUACCCCGCGGAGCUGACGCUGGCGACGCUGAUCUGCUUCCUGGGCUCGGUGCUGACCGGCGGGGUGGCGCUGGUGGCGGAGCGCCACGACAUGAGCGCCUGGGUCAUUGGCUUCGACACCCGCCUCUUCACCGCCGUCUACUCCGGGAUCGUGUGCUCCGGCGUGGCCUUCUACGUGCAGGGGAUCGUGACGCAGGCGCGGGGGCCGGUGUUCGUGACGGCGUUCCAGCCCCUGUGCAUGAUCAUCACCACGGUCCUCGGCUCCACCAUACUCAAAGAGGAGACCACCUUGGGAAGCGUGAUCGGCGCGGCGAUCAUAGUGGUGGGGCUGUACUGCCUCAUCUGGGGCAAGAGCAAGGACCACCUCGGCAACGGCGGCAAGCCGGCCGUCGCCGAGCUGCCCCUCACCUCGGCUCCCAACGGCGGCACCAACGGCUACGGCAAGCACGCGCUCGGCGGCGGCGGCGGCGGCCACCACGUCGCCGCCGGCGUCGAGGCACCGCCGCCGUCGUCCAAGUGCGUUCACUGACGGACGGACACGGAGGAGCUCCAUGCACCCCUCACCGCACACUAGUAGUAAUUAUAGUAGCGCAUUAAUUAAUUGCCAGUGGCUGUGUAAACCCUGCAACGCGUGUACGAUCUCGGAACGUUGGGCUGCUCUGCUGUUCUCGUAGUCGUAGAGAGACGGGGCCGGCCGGCGUUGCGUUAACGGCUUCUGAGUUUUGAUGACCUGCACCACCGCCAUCGCUAAUACUAUAACUAAGCUCUCUGUUUGUGC